AUGGAAGAUUGGAAUGAGUUCCAGAAAUUCAUUGAAGCUGCUAAAAAUGGAAGAGUAGAAGAAUUGAAGCUUUGCCUAGCAAAUGGAGCAAACAUUGAUUUUAAAGAUUAUAGCGGACAGACAGCAUUAAUGUGGGCUGCCUGGUGGGGACAUGUGGAAGUGUGUCAACUUCUCCUGGAGAACAGAUGUAACAAAGAUAUCACAGAUGUUUAUGGAGAGACAGCAUUAAUGUGGGCUGCCAGUAGAGGACAUGUGGAAGUGUGUCGACUUCUCCUGGAGAACAGUUGUAAAACAGAUAUCACAGAUAGAUAUGGAAGAACAGCUUUACAUCUGGCUGCUGAAGAGGGACAGCUACAGACCACAAGAUAUCUUGUAGAACAAGGAAGUAUCAGUCCCUUGGUCAAAACACAUCAGGGUAAAACUCCAUACGAUCUAGCAGCAUCAAGAAAAUGGGGACAGUAUAAAGAAGUGAUGGAAUACUUACAGCGGGGCCUACAGAGAUGGCUCCCAUCUCAGUGA